UGGGUUUUCGGGAGGCGGGUCCGGUCACCUCUUUGGCAACGUGCUGCAUAAUUAUUUGCUUUUCCAACAUUCUGGUUGAGUGCGGGAACCACAAAUUGCGACGGGCAGUAACGCUCAAAUACACUUCAGUUUAGCAGCGAGUUGCUGAAGAUAAGCAAAAGUCACAGAUGAAGUGCAGUUUAAUCAGUGGUCGGAUGAUUGAAACUGCCGGGCAGUUGGACCCAACCAAUAAAUGUUAACGUUUCCUUUCCUACAGCGCACAUCUACAAGAUGCGUUGGAGAGUUUUCUUUUAUGUGCCAAACCUUAUCGGCUACAUAAGGAUAAUCCUACUGCUGAUUAGCUCGUGGGCUUUCAAUGAUCCUGUAUUGUUUAUUCCCUGCUAUGUGAUAUCUAUUAUUCUUGAUGGGUUUGAUGGAUUUGCAGCUCGUCGGUUAAAUCAGAUAUCUGAAUUUGGAGCGUGGUUUGAUGUGGCCAUCGACAACUUUGGGCGUAGCAUGUUGUGGAACUUGCUCUAUGAUUGGGGUCAUUUUAUUAGUAGCCUGGAAUGGUUGGUUUUCGUUUGUACACAUGGCUCCAUGGGAGGCGACUGGAAGAACAAGUUUGAGAAUAGUCCUUGGUGGGUUCGGAAAACCAUGUCCAAUGGUUUCAAGAAUUCACUAGGAGCAUUUGCCAUCAGUGGAUUACAUGUACUUCCUGUUUGGUUGUACGGGUACCACAAACUGGUUUUAACAAAUAAUUUUCCGCUGCCUCUUACACUUCAGUGGUUUACAACAGCAUUUCUCAUCUCUGGAAGGUUUCUUUGCAUGGCUGUAGAGUUAUGGUGUAUCUGGAUUCAUAUUUUGUUCCUUGCACAAAAAGAAACCAAAGGAAAAUAAUGGACUGAUUAUACAUUCACCGAUGUCUAGUUUACUCAGGAAUGCGACUCUGUAGAAUUAAGGUAGAUUAUGAACAAUUCAAGACUUAAAUUUUUUGUCAAUGAACUUGUGUUACAGUUCAUUUUUUUGUGGGGAUGGAUGAGGGAGAGAAAGUGUUAAAAUUCUUGAACAUUUUCUAUUAAAUCAU